AUGAUGCGACUGAGAUUGAGGUAUUUAAUUUUACUUCUAAGUAUUGCAACUUUUACUGUCUACUUCACUGUUUUUCUGCCACCUCCAAAGCCUGCCAACAAAGCUUUAAGAUUAAAAGUAACUCAUGAAGAUAAAAGCUUAACUCUUAACUUAAAGGAUGAUAAUCCUUUACAAAUUGAAUGGCAGUAUUUUGAUGAGAAGAAAUAUAUUAGUAAAACUCUAAUAAAUCCAGGUGAAAACCCUUAUUCUCGUAACAAAUUUAAUCAAGCUGCUAGUGAUAAAAUACUGAGUAAUCGAGAGAUUCCUGACACAAGACAUGAUGAAUGUUUUUCUCGUUCAUUCAGAAAAGACCUUCCAUCAACUAGCGUUAUUAUUACUUUCCAUAAUGAAGCUCGUUCAGCUUUGUUGCGGACUAUUGUGAGUGUUCUUAACAGAAGCCCUGAACAUUUGAUUAAAGAAAUCAUUUUAGUUGAUGAUUUUAGUGAUGAUCCAUCAGAUGCAUCUGAACUCGCAAGUAUACAAAAAGUUGUAGUGCUUCGUAAUGAUAAACGUGAAGGAUUAGUUAGAUCAAGGGUUAGAGGAGCAGAUGCUGCCAAAGGAAAAGUUCUAACAUUUUUAGAUAGCCAUUGUGAAUGCAAUGUAAAUUGGCUAGAACCUUUGCUCGAGAGAAUUGUAGAAGAUUCUACAAGAGUAGUAUGUCCUGUCAUAGAUGUUAUUAAUAUGGAUGAUUUUAAAUAUUUUGGUGCUUCAGCUGAUUUGAGAGGAGGCUUUGAAUGGAAUUUAGUAUUUAAAUGGGAGUUCCUUUCAGUUCAGGAAAGACAGCAGCGUGCAUCAGAUCCAACUGCAGCUAUAAAAACCCCUAUGAUUGCCGGGGGUCUGUUUUGUAUUGAUAAAGAUUAUUUUCAAAAAAUGGGAAAGUAUGAUGAAAUGAUGGAUAUAUGGGGUGGAGAAAACCUUGAAAUAUCAUUUAGAAUAUGGCAAUGUGGAGGAAGCUUAGAAAUUAUUCCUUGUAGCAGAGUUGGGCAUGUUUUUCGUAAGCAACAUCCGUAUUCAUUUCCUGGUGGUAGUGGCAAUGUAUUUGCUCGAAAUACUAAAAGAGCAGCCGAAGUGUGGAUGGAUGAAUAUAAGAAUUAUUAUUAUGAUGCAGUACCUGUUGCAAAAAACGUACCUAUAGGUAAUAUUCAGGAUCGCCUGGAGCUCCGACAAAAAUUAAACUGCAAGCCCUUUAAAUGGUUUCUAGAAAAUGUGUAUCCUGAACUUAAAGUUCCUACUAAAGUUACUUCCCCUCAUGGGUCAAUCCGCCAAGGAUCCUUAUGCCUUGAUACUCUUGGGCAUAGGACUGGUGAAACAGUUGGAUUGUAUUCAUGUCAUGGAGGUGGAGGAAAUCAAGAAUGGUCUUUCACUAAAGACCAUCAAAUCCGCCAUGAACAUGUUUGCUUGACUUUAACAAAAACAAAAAUAGCCUCUUCAGUGACAUUAAGAACAUGCAAAGGUGAUACUUCUCAGAAAUGGCUCCGAAUAAGUAACAACCAUACUAUUAAACAUAUUAUGUAUAACCUUUGCUUGGAUAGUAGAAAUCAUUUAACUAAAGGAAUUAUUGCUGUGAGAUGCGAUGGUAAAGCUAAGAGUCAGCAGUGGGUGUUCUUUAACUCUGAAGAAGUAUAG